GGAGGAGAGUUUGAAUCUGCGGAGGGAGCGGUGGGCACAGCGGCGGCCAUGAGGAAGAGUGAGGUGCUGGCGGCCGAGGCCGUGUCGUGCCUGAACCGAGCCAUGGCGGCUCUGCGGGACAUCUGGGAGGAGAUCGGCAUCCCCGAGGAGCAGCGCCUGGAGCGCACCGAUGUUGUCAAGAAGCACAUCAAGAGUCUCCUGGACAUGAUGGUGGCAGAGGAGGAGAGCCUGAAGGAGCGGCUCCUGAAGAGCAUUGCAGUGUGUCGGAAGGAGCUGGACACCCUCUGCAGGGAGCUCCAGCUGGAGCCCUUUGAGGCAGAGGAGGAAAGCACCAUUCUGCAGAUGGAGAAGAAUUUGCGCACCCGUGUGGAAGUGAUGUUGAAGCAGAAAAGAGAUAGGAAGCAGGAGCUGAAAACCCUGCAGGAGCAGGACCGGGACUUGUGUGACAUCCUCUGCACGACCCCAUUUGGCAUUGACAGCAACGCUGUGCCCAGCCUGGAGGACCUGGAUCGCUACCGUCACCACUUGGCUGCCCUGGCCGCAGAGAAGGAGCAAAGGCGAGAAGAGUUUGUCAGCAGCAAGCGACAGAUCAUCCUCCUGAUGGAGGAGCUGGACCACACUCCAGACACGAGCUUUGAGCGGGACGUGGUGUGUGAGGAUGAGGAAGCCUUCUGCUUGUCCUUGGACAACAUUGCUGCCCUGCAGAGCCUCCUGCAGCAGCUGGAAGCCCGGCGGUCCCUGAACGAAGCUGUGUGCACGGAGCUGCGCGCCAGGAUCCUGGCACUCUGGGAGAGGCUGCAGGUCCCUGAGGAGGAGAGAGUGACUUCUGCUGUGCACAUGGCCGGGUCCAGGGCCAAGACCAGGAAAGCUCUGCAGCUGGAAGUGGAUCGUCUGGAGGAGCUGAAGCUGCAAAACAUGAAGUCAGUGAUCCAGGCAAUCCGGGUAGAGCUGGCUGACCUCUAUAAGUGCUUCUACAGCCAGGAGCAGAGGGAAGACUUCAGCCCCUAUUACGAUGAGGACUAUACAGAAACCCUGCUUGAGCUCCACGAUGCUGAGGUGGGGAAGGUGAAGAUCUACUAUGAAACACACAAAGAUCUGUUUGAGGCUGUCCAGAAAUGGGAGGAGAACUGGAAGCUGUUCCUGGAGCUGGAGAGGAAAGCCACUGACCCCAGCCGCUUCACCAACCGUGGGGGGAACUUGCUGAAGGAGGAGAAGCAGCGAGCAAAGCUGCAGAAGACCCUUUCCAAGCUGCAGGAGGAGCUGGAGAGCAGGGUGCAGGCCUGGGAGCAGGAGCAUGGGGGGGCUUUCCUGGUGAAGGGGCAGCAGUUCCUGGAGUAUGUGACAGAGCAGUGGCAGCUGUACCGCCUGGAGAAGGAGAAGGAGAAGCAGGAGCGGCACCUGAAGAAAAGCCGCCAGAUUGAGACGGAGAUGAUGUACGGGAGCACCCCCCGGACCCCCAUCAAGCGACGGGUGCUUGGCCCACACACACCUGGCAAAGUAAGGAAGCUGAACGGGACCUCCAUCUCCAGUGCCACCCCCAACAGCACCGUUCGCUCGGCCUUCGGGGCAACCCUCUACCACUCGCCAACAUCCCGGCUGCCGCCCACUGGAGGGAAGCUUGGUCAGGCUCGGACCCCCAGCCGCGCAGCCGCAAAGCCCCCCCGUCCUGGACACCGGGAGAGGAACAAGGAGAACAUCCUGCAGCUGAACGGGACCACCCUGAGCGGUGGGUGCACCCCCACAGCCCCUGCCCAGCGUACCCACAGCGUUAACUCUGUGGCCAGCACCUAUUCUGAGUUUGCGCGCGAACUUUCCAAGGCUUCCAGGUCUGACAAUAGCUCCCGUGUCCUGAACUCCACCACCACCACUGCCUUCUGCUGAGGUGCUGCUGGCCCCACUCCAGACGCUUGUAGCUGUAUUCAGUCAUUGCUCCCGCAGAGCCCCCCAAGCCCCCUGUUCCCCAGGGUGAGGGCUCUGGCAUCACUCCAGCCAGCCCAGUUCUCUGUGGGGCUGGGGGGGGGGGGAGUGCCACCUGCCAGGGGGUUUGGGUGCAAAAGGGACACUUUUAAAAACUUGCUUUUAUUUAGGGAAUUUUUGCAAAUGUUUG